AUGACCUCCAACAACGUCACCUCAGACGAGGCUCGUCGCGCUGCUCAGAGUUACCUCAACAACCGCCUCACCACAAAGACGGAUGGUCCAGCCAGGCCCUUCAAUGUUCCCGUCAUUGACAUCUCCUCGACCUUCAAUGGCACUCUUGAAGACAAACAAGCUGUAGCAUCCCAAAUCCGUGAUGCCUGCACCAACAGCGGCUUCUUCCAAAUUACUGGCCACAACGUCCCCGAAUCUGUUCGUCAAGGCGUGCUGAAGCAAGCCUCUCGCUUCUUCAAGCAACUGCCUCCUGCUCACAAGGAUGAACUGCACGUCAAGCACAAUGCCCUGAUGCGUGGAUGGGAACCUUCAGAUUACACAUACGUGAACCCUGAUGAUUGGGCUACUGCUGCUGUUCCCGAGACCAAAGAAGGCUUCAACUGGGGCUAUGAAAGUUCUCUCGACCCUACAGGUGGCGAUGGCAAAUACCGCGACUUGGAUGGCAGUACCGAGAACGGCAACGUCUGGCCCACUGAAUCCGCUCUUCCUGGGUUCAAGCAAGAUAUCGCCGAGUAUUAUGGACAAGUCCUGCAGCUCGCCCGUCAUCUCUUUAGACUUUUCGCUCUGAGUCUGCAGUUGCCUGAACAUCAUUUCGAUGAGAUGAUGACACAUCCUGGCGGUAUCUCUCGCUUGUUGUACUAUCCNCCCUCGAAAGAUCCAAAGCCAUUGGACCCCAACGAAGCGGAUAAGGAGGUCGGUCUUGGAUCCCAUACUGAUUACGAGUGCUUUACUCUGCUGCUUUCUUCCACAACUCAUGGUCUGGAGAUUCUCACACCCGAAAACGUCUGGACUCCUGCAGCCGCCGUGCAAGGUGCUUUCAUUGUCAACGUCGCAGACUUCUUGAUGAGAUGGACCAAUGGAGUUUAUAAGAGCACCAUUCACCGCGUUGUCAACAGGACUACCAACGAGAGAUACAGUGUUCCAUUCUUCUUCUCCAUCAACUAUGAUCAACAAGUCGAGGUAAGCGCACUGAUGCGUUACUUUAUAAGCGCGGUGCUAAUCAUAUCUCCANNGACUCUACCCAGCUGUGUCUCGGCUGAGAACCCGUCAAAGUACCCACCAAUUCGCGCUGGUGAAUACAUCCUUGAGCGUCUGAAGGCCACUGUCAAGGACGGUUGA